AUGCAUUUCGUCAGCAUCUCUACUCUUGCCGUCGCCUUGGCCUCCUCCGCUCUGGCUGCAAACGCUAAGUUCGACGUCACACCGGUGGAGGAGGGCGUCCAGGGAAUCAUCAAGUCCAACGACGGCGAGACCUGCCUCGACAACUAUGGAGCACAGAGUAAGACCGGGGAGUGUGGCGUGUUCCACUCCGUCGGAAAGGGUGGCCUCUGGUCGCCGAAGGGAUUCCUGGCCUUCAACGGCGAAAACAUCACUAUCGCAUCCGGGCAGCCGGAGUAUACCUGGGAGGGUGUUGAGCUUCCGUCUCAGAUCGGGACUACUGUGUAUGGCCUCGCGGUGUAUAAGGACGGGGAGAUUGUCGAGGGACCUGGCUGGAGCCCGGUACUUGGGAAGACCUUUUCCAGUCCCAGGGAGGAUUUUGUUACCGAACACCUGAUGUUUUACCAAAGCCCUGAUGGCAUAUACUGGUAA